ACAUGAUACCCACGCAAGGAAGAUAAGUUAAAAGUAGCUUCGCUUAACCAGCCUCACUAACUAAAGGAAUGAGCCUUGACUCAUUGACGCUCACCCAAGAACAGCAUUGACACUAUCAAUCUACCAUGUUACUAGCAGCCAAGUCCUUCAUUUUCCUCRUCGUAGUGUUCACCGUUAUUUUUCAUAUUGCGGCGUCUACACCUUCUUUGAAAAUUCAUCAUAAAGGCCUUCGCGUUAAAGAGAGCCAUAACCUAUGCCGAGGAGAAGAUUGCGCCAAAGAAAGUCAAGAAAACGGCGCUGUUGAAUGCCCAGAAGGCAAACCCUGUUUGAAUUCAGAGAGAAUUAUGAACAAGAAAGAGCCAUGUACUCAAAAACGAUGCGARGAAGAUGAAAAACUAGAAAGAAAGGAAGAAAAUGAGAACUGUGAGAGUAAUGAAAGCGGCUGUCAAACUAAGAGAACGUUAAACAAACGCGGUAAAAGAAUCGGUUCUGUCACACCUUGCCCAAACCAUUUAACAUGCGCAAGAAGUUUGACUGAAACAGAAGCUGAAAAUUUAGGAUUUGAGAAUUCUCUCACYCUCAGGGGGUGUCCACCUGGUCUUUGGUGUAAAAGAGCGAUCGAGAAAAACUGGAGGAAAUCAGGACGCAAACCAUCGCGAAGCCUCUCUGGAUGUCCCCCCGGUUUGUGGUGUAAAAGAAGUUUAAGYAAAUUACAAGCAAGGGAGUUAGGAUUUGAGAGCUCGCUUAGUCUUAACGAUUGUCCACGUGGUCUUUGGUGCAAGCGCAAAGCGUCUCGAGCCUUAAAUGGAUGCCCGCCUGGCCUAUGGUGCAAACGGGGAUUAGACAGAUCUACUGCGAUGAAAAUGGGCUUUGAAAACGACGAAAGUCUUCAAGGUUGUCCCCCCGGCCUUUGGUGCAAACGAAAUUCCUGCCCUUCAGGGCUUAAGUGUGCAAGAGGUUUGACGGAAGCUCAUGCUAAGGCCAUGGGCUAUAAAAUGGCCGACAGCCUUGCUGGAUGUCCCCCUGGACUCUGGUGCAAGAGAAAUGUCAAGUCAGGAAGGUCAGAUGGUUUUAAAGUUUUCUUAGAUCAGGCCAAUAAAAAACCAAAGUGUCCCCCCGGUCUUUGGUGCAAACGAGAUGUCAGUUUGUUUGAUGCGCAAGGUAGUUCAAACGGAAACAAAAAUUGCCCUCCAGGUCUGUGGUGCAAACGAGAUGCCGAAUUUGAAUCGGAUGAUCAGCAGAGAAAUCAYAAAUGUCCACCGGGUCUUUGGUGUAAACGAGAUUCCCGAUAUUCUCUUUGUCCCAAAGGYCUGCCUUGUAAAAGGCGUGCGAAGAAAUACGAUGACGUUGCCGAGCGAUUUGWCAGAUAACUGCAACAGUGGACUUACAUUUCCCAAGUAAAAUGAACUUUUAUUUUAUGUAAAAUCUAGGCUGAAUUCAGAAAAAUUCACUGUUAACUAUAAAGAAACUAUAUUGUCAAGAAUAUUAAUAAUAUUCCAAAGCCACAAGAUUAAGAGUUACAUAUACCUAUAAUGUCACAGAAUUCAUUGUUAAAUUUAUCAAAUAAUUACUUGGCAUUAAUGUCAAAUAUCAACAAUUUAAGAUUGUAAAAAAAUAAAUUUAAACUUAGAAAAUCAAUUAAGGAUAAAGUGAAGUUUUAAGAAUAAUAUUGUUAGUAAAUUUGUGGGAAUAAAUAAAGCAUUCAUUUACAUUCAAA